AUCAGCGCAAAAUAUGAGAUCCAGGUCCUUGUAGCCCAAACCGCUGUCCUCAUGGAGAACGUGACUGGCCGCGGAGCCGUUCAGCCGGACCUCCCGGACGUGGAUCUUGCGCUCCUCCAUGCGACACCGCACCACUUUAACGAUGUCCCUGGGUUUCAUCUCCAGGGUAGGGAAGUUCCACUUGCCGUGAAUGGGGAUGGACUCGGUAAGGAUGGCAUCCAGACGCUUCACCUGCUCCCAGUUCAGCACGCACAGAAUGCCUAUCGUAAACGGUGGUCUGAACAACUUCUGCAACAUCGGCCGUUUUCCCGCCGUCAAGCUGCAGGACUGUUUCUGGAAAGGAUCGGGCUACGUGCCGGUUUACAGCAACCCUUGCGUGAAGCCAUGCGUAGACCCUUGCUGGAAUCCCUGCGUGAAACCUGUUGUCGACCCAUGUGGGAAUCCGUGCGUGAAGCCUGUUGUUGACCAUUGCGGUAAACCUGUCAUUAGUCCUUGUGGGAAACCCAUUGUCGACCCUUGCGGUAAACCAGUUGUCGAUCCUUGCGGCAAACCUAUAUUCGACCCUUGUGGUAAACCGGUUGUUGACCUUUGCGGUAAACCAGUUGUAGGUCCUUGUGUAGUUCCUCUGCCAAAGCCUUGCGUGAACCCGUGUGACGUGAGACCACACUGCGAUUAUGACUGCAAGCAAGUUUUCCUAAAGGAUUGCGCAGAUGACUGUAAUGCGGCACGCUGCUGUGAAGAUCUGGUCCUGCAGGUUCGUUGUGUUGACCUGAUGAAGUGCUGGAAGAGUCAGAAUCGCCAGGAGCAUCACACCAACGGAUUCCGUGGUGACCACCUGAUCGUCCGCAGAGGGCAGUGUUUCCAGAUGUGGGUCGAGCUGUCCAGGCCUUUCAAUCCCAAAUGUGAUCAACUUCACCUGGAGCUGAAACUCGGCAAUGUUCCAUCAAUACCCAACGGCACACUGGUGAUUGUUCCACUUGUGGAAGAAUUCAAGAAAAAUCGCUGGGAGGCCAAGAUUGUUGAAAAGUGCCAAAACCGAAUCAAACUCAGCGUGUACUCGCUUCCCACCGCGUGCAUCGGACGCUACAGCCUGACCAUUGUGACCUGCGGCCCGAAGGGAAGAGCCACCUCAUCAUGCAACCCCAGCAAUGAUAUUUACAUGCUGUUUAACCCCUGGUGCAAAGAUGAUGCUGUGUAUCUGGAUGAAGAUGCCCAGAGGACUGAGUAUGUGCUGAAUGACACAGGCAAAAUCUUCUAUGGAACUAAACAUCAGAUCGCUUCCAGAACAUGGCACUUUGGUCAAUUUGACGAAGGAGUCCUGGCUGCGUGUUUGUUUGUGCUGGAGAAGUGUGGUGGAGCAUGCAGUGGAUGGGGAGACCCUGUUAACGUGGCCAGAGUUGUGUCUGCCAUGGUUAAUGCCAAUGAUGACUCUGGUGUGUUGAUGGGCAACUGGUCGAACUGCUAUGCGGACGGGACUGCUCCAACAGCCUGGUGUGGCAGCAGUGCCAUCUUGAAGCAAUACCACAAAUGUGGAGGAGUACCUGUCAAAUAUGGACAGAGCUUGGCCUUUGCUGGAGUCACCAACACACUGUUGAGGUGUUUUGGUAUUCCUGCUCGGCCGGUCACCAACUUCUGCUCUGCUCACGACACUGAUGUGUCCAUGACUGUAGACAUUUAUCUUGACGAGAACUAUGACCUGAUCGACAGCCUGAACCGGGACUCAAUCUGGACCUUCCAUGUGUGGAAUGAGGCCUGGAUGGCUCGUUCAGAUCUGCCUGCAGGUUUUGGAGGUUGGCAGGCCAUUGAUGCGACUCCUCAGGAAACCAGUCAGGGUGUUUUCCGCUGUGGUCCGACCUCUGUUGCUGCCAUCCGCAGCGGGCAGGUCUUCCUCAAAUAUGAUGCACCUUUCAUUUUUGCUGAGGUGAACAGUGAUGUAGUUUUCUGGCAGAGGAAAGCAUGUGGGACGUUCGCUGUGGUCCACGUUGACAAGAAUGCAGUCGGUCACUGCAUCAGCACCAAGGCUGUGGGCUCAGACAAACGUGUGGACAUUACCAACCACUACAAGCACCCAGAAGGUUCAGAGGAGGAGCGUCGUGCUGUGGAAACUGCUCUUCGUCAUGGCUCCAAAAAGUGCGCAUAUCCUCUGCCCUGCGCCGAGGAUGUCAUCUGUGACAUCACUAUGAAGGGUGAUGGAGUGUGUGUGGGCAAGGAUGCAGUGCUUUGCAUCGCUCUGAAGAAUAAAUGCAGCUCAACUCGUAGCGUCACCCUCCACAGCCAGCUGUCGGCUGCUUACUACACCGGCAUCCACAAGUCCUUGGUGAAGAAGGACCAGACAUGCUUCGAGCUCAAGGCUACUGAAACCAAGGUUCUGGAGUGGUCUCUGAAAUAUGAGGAUUACAAGAACCACCUUGUGGAUCAUUCAACGAUGAUGGUCACUGUUGCCGGACGCGUCACUCAGACUCAGCAGAUUGUGGCCAAACGGUUCAACUUUCGACUGCCCACACCCGGCCUUGCUAUUUCUCCUGGAUGCGAUUGUGUUGUGGGCAAAGAAGUGCCAGUCAAAAUCACUUUCCAAAACCCACUGCCCUGCGUGCUGAAAAACGCCAUCUUCCGCAUUGAGGGACUGGGUCUGAAGCACUGCAGAUCCAUCAACUAUGGUGAUAUUGCAGGCCUGGCCACUGUGAACCUGACCGAGAAGUUCAUUCCCAAAUGUCACGGCCCUCACAAGCUUCUGGCAUCUCUGGAUUGUCCUCAGCUCACUCAGGUGCAUGGAUUCACCGACGUCGUUGUCAAAGAAAAGUGAACAAGCGGCUGAAUUGAUAAUUCAGCAAGCUUUUCAUGCUGAUCGACUGGCAGAGUUAAAAGCUUUUAGUUAAAUGUAAUCAAUAGCAAACGCUGAAGCAAAGGGUGCAUUUUCAUUAGGGAGCUUGCUUUUAGAUGUUGCUGUUUGUGGAAGUAUUGUUGUAGAAUAUGUGAUAUUUGUAGUUUCACAUAUUUUUAAAAAGAUCUGACAUAUAUAAAACUAUUAACCACAUCAACUACUUCCUUUCAUGCAGUCAACCUAACCAAAUUUCAUUCAUUUUAGUUGCAUGAAUUAUCUGUCCACCAAAUUGCCUCAAUAAACGACAUUCGCUUGCAAUA